CCGAGACAGCUGGGUGGGUGGCGUGGGACGCCGAGCUGUGACCUGUGCCGUGUCCUUCGCCUCGACGCCGGACCCCAUGGCAACGCCUUCGCAGAAGAGGAGCACCCGCAGCGGGGCUUCGGGGACACCCUUGUCCCCCACCCGCAUCACUCGCUUGCAGGAGAAGGAGGACCUGCAGGAGCUCAAUGACCGUUUGGCCGUCUACAUCGACAAGGUGCGCUCGCUGGAGCUGGAAAAUGCCGGCUUGCGGCUCCGCAUCACUGAAUCGGAGGAGGUGGUGAGCCGUGAGGUCUCGGGCAUCAAGGCUGCCUAUGAGUCGGAGCUGGCGGAUGCCCGCAAGACCUUGGAUUCAGUGGCCAAGGAGAGAGCUCGGCUGCAGCUGGAGCUCAGCAAAGUCCGGGAGGAGCACAAGGAGCUGAAAGCCCGGUGA